AUGAACUGCUCACCAACAGUCAUUUCCCUAUUUCAUACUGCAAUUGACAACAAAGAUGCUUCGAUGUUAGCUCAAUUAUGCAGACAAUUUGGAAUGAUCAACACUCUUCGCUCUAAUAUCUGGCGUAUUUUGUUGAAGGUGAAGCCAAUCAAGUUACCCAAUCCACUUCAUCUCACUGUAGUAGAAGCAGAUGUCCCACCACUUGUCAACAAUUUGAUAUCGUGCAUCAACCAAACGAAGCGCACUGAAUUAAUUAAAGACUCAUACACUAUAGCUACUUCAUUGGUUCAACCCAAAACAUCUCCAAACUUCAUUCCAACGGUAGUUAUAGCACUUGUCUUCUAUUAUUUAUAUCCGGAAGAGUCUGUAGAAUUUCGGUUGGGUGCUGUGUUCUCAUUUUUGAAUACCCUUCAGCCGUAUUUCUCACAUUUGUACCCUUCCAUCCAAAAAGGACUGUACUGUUUAAUGCACAUCCUUUUACAAUACCACGACCCACAACUGUGUUACUGUUUGGACUCUUUUAGAGUCGAGUCGGUCUUUUACACUCCACGAUUUUUGUACGGCGCUCUCUUCCCGACAGGAGAGACUAUUGGAGACAUUUUAAUUCUUUGGGACGAGUUCAUAUUGAACCCCAAUAAGCACAUCUUCUACUUUGCAGUCAUCGCCUAUUUGAUGCAAAUUAGAGACGAUAUCAUGAAAGAGACUAAGAAGAACGAAUUGAUCACACUUAUUAAGACUAAGAGAAUCACUUCGGAGCAAAUCCGGAUUGUGAUCUGUCGAGCUAAUGCACUCGAACAAGACACGUUGACGUCUUUUAAACUGUUACUUCAUUCCUGUUUCUAUAAUGAAGUGAUGUUCCAGAGAUGGUACUCACAGUCUUUGGGGUCGACUUUGGCACUCCCAGUCGAGCCAACAUCACUUCUUGCCGAUAUCAAAGGAGGGAUGGACGUCCUUUUCAUCGACUGUCGGACGCAAGAAAUGUUUCGCGGGGGGAAUAUAGGGAAUGCAAUUCAUUUUGACACGACCCGUCGGGAAGACGAGAAUUACGUGAAGUCUUUUUUUGAGCAGAAAUUGAUUCAAAAUGUGAUGGAACACAAGAAGAACAUUCACGUAGUUAUUUAUGGGUCUGGGGAAGUCGGGAAGAACACUCAACAAACGCCGACGUUGAGUGAGUUGACGAUGAUCAUGUUAGACUUUAUUAAACGUGGGAUGAAACAUUUAGGGGUGUUAUUAAGUGGAUACUUCUUAUAUCAUAAGAAUGCGAUGGCAAAGGUGAAUGGCUUUGAAAUCUUUAAUCAUACCCCAAAUUUGUGUCCCGUUUGUACUCCCCCAGAACUCGCGAAAUUACAAACAAAAUUAACAUCCUUGGGAGAAUCAACUAAACGAUUUGCUACAGACUUCUUCUAUGGACUGUCUACAAGACACCCUAACCCUAAUUCCUCAAAAAAAAGCGUCAACCCUCCUCAACCAGUAGAGAAAAGAACAUUCACACCGAUUAGAAAUGAACCAAAUAAGACAGAGAAAGGCAAUGGAAAUGGUAAUGACAGCGAAGAAAAAGUUUUAAAACAACAAAUGAAGUGCGAACCAAAUAAAACCGGAUUGAGGUCGUCACAACGGAUUGGAAGCCAAACGCAAUUACAACAAAAUCAAAUACCAAAUUUACUCGACUUGGGACUUGAAACAAUAACGGACCCUUCAUCUAAUGCGCAAUCACAAAGCGCAUCUUUAAAUACUUCAGAUAAUUUACCAAUUAAGCCACUGAGCCAAGAAAAGAUGCCGAUUAAGCCAUUGACUUUGAGUGACACAGAUGGCGACAACGAACAUAAAUUGAAGUUAACAUUUGACGAAGAGUAUAAUGAAGAUGACGAGGACAAUGAGCAUGCAAAUUAUUUUGAUGAAUUGAUGAAAGAAAGUCCGACAUUUGAGGCCGAUUAUAAUGUCGCGAGUAGUGAGUCCGUUGACUGUUGGAAACAUUGUUUGAUUAUCAUGAGUUCAGUCGAUAUGUUGAUCACUGAGAAACCGUCGGGCGACGGCGAAAUGUUUUUACUCGAGGAAAUCACUUACACCGACAUCGACAAGGUCUCGACGCGAGUCCAAGCAGCAGACGUAUUUAUAAUAGAAGUGACUGGAAAGAGAGUAGUCGUCAAAGUAGCACACUCUAAAGAGUUUCUCGACUUACUCAAUACUAAGAUGGCCCUUGACAAUUGA